AGAUGCCAGGGGGAUGGAACGCCUCUUCCAACAACCCAGAGCUGCGAGCAGCAGGGAUUAUUGUGCCCAUCAUCUUCUCCCUCAUCUUCCUCCUGGGUACUGUGGGGAACGGGCUGGUGCUGGCCGUGCUGCUGCGGAACGGCCAAGUCAUUAACACCACCAACCUCUUCAUCCUUAACCUGGCCAUGGCUGAUCUGUGCUUCAUCAUCUGCUGCGUCCCCUUCCAGGCCACCAUUUACACCCUGGAUGGGUGGCUUUUUGGGGCCUUUGCCUGCAAGGCUGUGCACUUCCUGAUCUACCUCACCAUGUACGCCAGCAGCUUCACCCUGGCUGCUGUCUCCAUUGACAGGUACCUGGCCAUUCGCUACCCACUGAAGUCCCGGGAUCUCCGCACCUCCCGAAACGCAGGAAUGGCCAUUGUAGCAAUCUGGUCACUGUCGCUGCUCUUUGCAGGGCCUUAUCUCAGUUACUACCAGAUUGUCCAUUACCACGGGGUGCCCAUCUGUGUCCCUAUCUGGGAGGACCAGCGCCGGAAGAUUCUGGACAUCCUCACGUUUGUCUUUGGAUACCUUCUGCCUGUGACCGUUGUGAGCCUGGCAUAUGCCAGGACCAUCAAGUUCCUGUGGACCUCUGUAGGUCCCAUAGAAAGGAUCUCAGAGUCCCGGAAGGCCAAGCGGAAGGUCACCAAGAUGAUUGUUGCUGUGGCCAUCCUGUUCUGCCUCUGCUGGCUGCCCCACCACCUCGUCAUCCUGUGCUUCUGGUUUGGCCACUUCCCCUUCAACCGAGCCACUUAUGUUUGCCGUCUGGCUUCCCACUGCCUUUCGUAUGCCAACUCCUGCCUCAACCCCAUUGUCUAUGCCCUCAUCUCCAAGCAUUUCCGCAAGCGUUUCAAGCAGGUCUUCACCUGCCUCUUCCUCCAGAACAAGACCAGGAAGAAGAAGAAGAGAUUUGGAAAGAAAGUCCAUGUGGUCAAUGUGGGCAAAGGUUUCACCAACAGCACCAGAGGUUUCUAUGGAGCCAACACUGAAGUGACCCAGGCCCCAGAGGAGAACACCAGGAAGAGGGACCCUGAAGAUGCCAAUCAUGCCAGAGCAUGGACUCGCCAGCUACAAGAUGCUAUGUUCUCUGUUCAGAAGGAGCUACUGGAGGAGGAAAAUUUGGCACCAGCUGGCCAUCCCCUAGCUCUUACCCCCAGGAGGAGCUCGGGAGUUUCUGACUGUUCGCUACAGAUGAACAAAGUGAAGAAACCUGUUUUUCAGCCAGUGAGUAGCCACUUCAUUCUCAAACAGGCAGAAUAA